UCAACUAUUCGGUAGAGACGUCACUGCUAAGUUCUCUGCUUUUGGCUAGUUUUUUGUUUUUUUGGUGCUCCCCUAAACUCCAUUAAUGCUGUAUCUCAGGUUCACUGUGUCGGCCUACCAGACUACCUGCAAUGUCCAGCCUCGUCCUCGUCUGCUGUUGAUCCACCGUCUGCUCUGCUCUGCCCUGCCUUCAGACCCUCUGCCUGCUUUGUUCCUUUUCCCUGCUCUGCUGCCUGCUCCGCUCCACCAGCCCCGUUCCUCUGCCAUAUCCACUUCCAAAACCCCUCCAGCUAAGCCAUCACGGCCAUCUACAAUUCAAGUCAUCUAUGUCAUGAGGAACCCCAAAGAUGUGUUUACGUCUUCCUUUCAUUAUUAUGCGAUGACUUCGUUCCUGGUGAACCCAGGCCCACAGAACGAGUUCUUCCACAAGUUCCUUGAUGGAAAAGUUAUGUUUGGCUCAUGGUUUGAUCAUGUAAAGGGCUGGCUGAGCGCUGCGGAUAAAGAGCGCGUAAUGCCCAUCUCCUAUGAAGAGUUGAUCAUGGACCUGAAGGACUCUGUGGCCAGAAUUGCUCAAUUCGUAGAGAAACCUCUGGACACUGAGGUGAUAGAGAAGAUAGCAGACCGAUGUUUGUUCAAGAACAUGAAGCAGAACAACAUGUCAAACUACUCUGCUGUUCCCCAUGAAUACAUGGACCAGACAAAGUCCGAAUUUCUCAGGAAAGGAAUUGCUGGGGACUGGAAAAACCAACUAACAGUGGCAGAAGUGGAGUAUUUUGAUGCAGUUUAUGAUGUCAAAUAUAAAUUUGUAUGGGAUCGACAUAAACUUGAUGAAAGGGCUUAAUGAAAGUCAUUCCAC